ACAAACAAAAACAAGAAAAACUAACCAACCUAAACGUUGGUAAGAAAAAAAAAAUCAGAAUGAGACCUUCUUCCAGGAUGGGGCCUUCAGCCCAUAUCACUUACGCCCUAGGCGUUAUCAUCAUGGCAGCAAUGGUUGCUGCGUAUGAACCAUACAGCUUGCCACCACUCCCGUCAUAUUCACCAUCUCCAAAGAUAGAAUAUAACACUCCUCCCCUACCAUAUAUCCACGGUUCUUCACCACCACCACCACUAUACUAUUCUCCAUCACCAAAGAUUGACUACAAAUCACCUCCUCCAUCGUAUGUCUACAGUUCCCCACCACCUCCUUACUAUUCCCCAUCACCUAAAGUUGAUUACAAAUCUCCCCCACCUCCAUAUGUCUACAGUUCUCCACCACCACCACCAUAUUACUCACCAUCUCCCAAAGUCGAGUACAAGUCUCCCCCACCACCAUAUGUAUACAGUUCUCCUCCACCACCUCCGUACUACUCUCCAUCACCAAAGGUAGAUUACAAAUCUCCUCCACCACCAUAUGUCUACAGUUCUCCACCACCACCACCAUAUUAUUCACCAUCUCCUAAGGUUGAGUACAAGUCUUCUCCACCACCGUAUGUCUACAGCUCUCCACCACCACCUCCGUACUACUCUCCAUCACCAAAGGUAGACUACAAAUCUCCUCCACCACCGUAUGUCUACAGUUCUCCACCACCACCACCAUACUAUUCACCAUCUCCUAAGGUUGAAUACAAGUCUCCUCCACCACCAUAUGUUUACAGCUCACCACCACCACCACCAUACUACUCACCAUCUCCUAAAGUUGAGUACAAGUCUCCUCCACCACCAUAUGUAUACAGUUCUCCACCACCACCAUACUAUUCACCAUCUCCUAAGGUUGAAUACAAGUCUCCUCCACCACCAUAUGUUUACAGCUCCCCACCACCACCACCAUACUACUCACCAUCUCCUAAAGUUGAGUACAAGUCUCCUCCUCCACCGUAUGUAUACAGUUCCCCACCACCACCACCAUACUACUCACCAUCUCCCAAGGUUGAAUACAAAUCUCCUCCACCACCAUAUGUUUACAGUUCUCCACCACCACCUCCAUACUACUCGCCAUCACCAAAGGUUGAUUACAAAUCUCCUCCACCACCAUAUGUCUACAGUUCUCCACCACCACCAACAUAUUAUUCACCAUCUCCUAAGGUUGAGUACAAGUCUCCUCCACCACCGUAUGUCUACAGCUCUCCACCACCACCAUAUUAUUCCCCAUCUCCUAAGGUUGUGUACAAGUCUCCUCCUCCACCAUAUGUCUACAACUCACCACCACCACCAUACUAUUCUCCAUCUCCCAAGGUAGAUUACAAAUCUCCUCCACCACCAUAUGUUUACAGCUCCCCACCACCACCACCAUACUACUCACCAUCUCCUAAAGUUGAGUACAAGUCUCCUCCUCCACCGUAUGUAUACAGUUCUCCUCCACCACCAUAUUAUUCUCCAUCUCCUAAGGUUGUAUACAAAUCUCCUCCACCACCGUAUGUCUACAGUUCUCCACCACCACCAUAUUAUUCACCUUCUCCUAAGGCACACUACAAGUCUCCUCCACCACCGUAUGUUUACAGUUCUCCACCACCACCAUACUACUCUCCUUCUCCAAAGGUACAUUACAAAUCCCCUCCACCACCAUAUGUCUACAGCUCUCCACCACUACCAUACUAUUCACCAUCCCCUAAAGUUCAUUACAAAUCUCCACCACACCCGCAUGUAUGUGUCUGCCCACCACCUCCUCCAUGUUAUGCUCCUUCACCAAAAGUAACAUACAAAUCUCCUCCACCACCAUAUGUUUACAGUUCUCCACCACCACCAUACUACUCACCUUCGCCUAAGGUGUACUACAAGUCUCCUCCACCACCAUAUGUUUACAGCUCACCACCACCACCACCAUACUACUCACCGUCUCCUAAGGUUGAAUACAAGUCUCCUCCACCACCAUAUGUUUACAGCUCACCACCACCACCAUACUACUCACCUUCACCUAAGGUGUACUACAAGUCUCCUCCACCACCAUAUGUCUACAACUCUCCACCCCCACCACCAUACUACUCUCCAUCCCCUAAAGUAGACUACAAGUCCCCUCCACCUCCAUAUGUCUACAGUUCUCCACCACCACCUUAUUAUUCUCCUUCUCCAAAAGUUGAGUACAAAUCUCCACCACCACCAGCUACAUAUUACUGAAAACCAGUAAAUGCUACUCUUAAAUGAGCUAUUGAAUGUUAUGUGAUUUCAUAUUUCAUUUCUUGUUAUAACAUGUAUGCUAUCAAUUUUAAUUUUCUUGGGAAUGUCUUAAUAAUUUGGUUAUAAUUCCUUCAUAUGGUUUUGUGUGUUUUCUGUUAUUAAAUUUCUGCAAAGAUUGCUUGUGGUCUAUCUGUAGUCAUUUGCAAAUUGUGAUUAUGAAUUGCUUAUUCUUGACA